GACCAUACCUCUGCCGGUUGGGCGCUGUGGUUGCAGAUGCGGCAGCGGCAGCGGCAGGGGCAGCAGAAUCCCGGGUAGCGGGGGCUGCAGCAUCGCCCCGGGUCUCUGCACGGCUUGGCGGCGGGCCGGGGCUCUGGGGCGAUGGGCAGCGGGUGGAGCCGGCGGGACUCGCGCAGACUGCGGCUGGACAGUCUCCUGCCCCACUAUGGAACUCUGCCACGGAAUCCAGCCAAGGCCUGUGUGGAGGUGAGCGGCUACCAGCAGAGCCUGUGGCGGACUGGCCUGUGCCAUGUGGGGGCCCUGCUGACCGCUGGCAUCCUGCUGUUAGUCUUCCGUUGGAAGCCCCAGCUCGAGGUCAAGGCCAAGUGUACCUCCUGCCCCUUACAGCAGGCUGACUGGCUGAUCAUCAAGGAUCAGUUUGGGCAACUUUUCACCACCCAGGUGCAAACUGAGGUUGUCAGUGAGGGCAGCCUGAACCAGCUCCAGGAAGGCCAAUGGGACUGGAGGCUGGAAGAAGAUGGAAGGAGCCACAUGGCAGUGGGAGUCUCGCAGGAGAAAGCCUGGAGAGACACCAUCCAGCUGUACAGGAAAGAGGAGCAGAACAUCCUUCGGUACUAUGUGUUUGAAGGGGUGAGAUACAUAUGGAUUGAGGCCCAGCAGGCCUUCCGCUGUGUCAGUGUGCUAGACGAGACCAGGACCUGUGAAGACCUUCAUCAUUCCAGCACUGGACUCAGCCCCCAGGACCAAGACAUAAGAAAGGCAGUAUACGGCCUUAAUCUGAUCGAUGUGCCGGUCAAAUCGUACUCUCGACUUCUGGUGGAUGAGGUGCUGAAUCCAUUCUACAUAUUCCAGGCUUUUAGCAUCAUUCUGUGGCUUUGGGACGCCUACUACUACUAUGCCGGUUGCAUCUUCCUCAUCACCAUUAUCUCCAUCAUCCUGGCACUCCACGAGACCAGGAAGCAAAGCAAGACUCUGCAAAACAUGGUGAAGAUGACUGUGAGCGUGAUGGUGCGCCGAGCUGGCGGAGAAAACGUGCUGGUCAAUUCCACGGAGCUGGUGCCCGGAGACUGCCUGGUACUCCCUGCCGAUGGUGGGCUGGUGCCCUGUGAUGCUGCCCUCCUGUCAGGAGAGUGCAUGGUCAAUGAGAGCAUGCUGACAGGGGAGAGCACCCCAGUGAUGAAGACCCCACUCCCUAGUGGUCCCACUCCCUACUCCCCUGAAGAACACCGCCGACACACACUCUUCUGUGGGACACUAGUGUUGCAAGCCAGGGCCUACAUGGGAGCUGAUGUCUUGGCGGUGGUGACCCGGACAGGAUUUUGUACAGCGAAAGGAGACCUGGUUAGCUCCAUCCUCCAUCCCAAACCCAUCAACUUCAGAUUCUACAGGGAUGCCCUGAAGUUUGUAUUCUUUCUCUUUAUCCUGGCUGCCAUAGGCACCAUCUACAGCAUCGUGAUCUUAAUCCGAAACGAGGUAGCAAUAGAGGAAAUUGUAAAGCGGUCCCUAGACCUGGUGACAGUGGUGGUACCACCAGCACUCCCAGCCGCCAUGACAGUUGGCGUCAUCUAUGCCCAGAAUCGCCUCAAGGAACACAAAAUCUUCUGUAUUAGCCCGCCUCGCAUCAACCUGGGGGCCAAGCUGCGGCUGGUCUGCUUUGACAAGACAGGCACAUUGACAGAGGAAGGCCUGGAUGUUUGGGGUGUUCUCCCCCUGAAAGGUCACGAUUUCCUGUCCCUGCUCCCAGACCUGAGGCAGCUCCACGGAGGUCCCCUGCUCACUGCCCUGGCCUCCUGCCAUUCCAUCUCCUUGCUAAAUGACCAGCCCAUUGGUGACCCCAUCGAUCUCAAAAUGGUGGAAUCUACUGGCUGGUUCCUCGAAGAAGAGGGAUCAGAGACCUUAGUGUUUGGGACCAAGGUCAUGGCUGUGAUGAAGCCCCCACCCCCAGAGGAGCAGCUUCAAGGGACAGAGCCCCUGGGGCCCAUCGGCAUCCUCUGCCGAUUCCCCUUCUCAUCAGGCUUGCAGCGGAUGAGCGUGGUGGUCGUGCGGCACAGGAGAGCCCCUCCCGAAGCUUACAUGAAGGGGGCCCCUGAGAUGGUGGCUAGUCUCUGUGCUCCAGACACAGUGCCUCCAGAUUUCUCCCAAGUACUCCAGCACUAUACGUCAGAUGGAUUCCGGGUUCUGGCCCUGGCCUUCAAGUCCCUGUUCAUUCCUCCCACUUUGGAGAAGGCUCAGCAGCUGGCUAGGACAGAAGUGGAGAGUGGGAUGACUCUGCUGGGCCUCCUGGUGAUGAAGAAUGUGCUGAAACCAGAGACGGCGCCUACCAUCUGCAUCCUCCGCAGGGCCAACAUCCGUACUGUCAUGGUCACAGGUGACAACAUGUUGACUGCUGUUAAUGUGUCUCGGGCCUGUGGCAUGGUGAGGCCCCAGGAACCAGUAGUGUUUGUCCAUGCCUCAGCCCCUGCCCAUGGCAAACCAGCUUCCAUCCAAUUCAUCCCCUCCGAGCACUCCCCAGGCAGGGAACAAACUGAGCCCAAAGGUUACACUAUGGAAUCGGGCAGGGAACACUGCCACCUGGCACUGAACGGGAAGGCAUUUGCUGUGAUUUUGGAUCAUUUCCCUGAACUUUUGCCCAAGAUCCUGCUCCAGGGUACCAUCUUUGCCCGGAUGACGCCAGAACAGAAGACUCAGCUGGUGUGUGGCUUUCGAAACCUAAACUACUGCGUGGGCAUGUGUGGAGAUGGGGCCAAUGACUGUGGGGCCCUGAAGGCAGCUGAUGUGGGCAUCUCCCUGUCAGAGGCUGAGGCUUCAGUGGCAUCACCUUUCACCUCCCAAAUCACCAACAUUGAGUGUGUGCCCAAGGUGAUCAGGGAAGGGCGUUGCUCACUGGUCACCGCCUUCUGCAUUUUCCAAUACAUGGCGCUCUACAGCUUCAUCCAGUUCAUCUCUGUCCUACUGCUCUAUACUAUCAACACCAAUCUAAGUGACCUACAGUUUCUGUUUGUUGACCUCGCCAUCAUAACCUCAGUGGCAAUGCUCAUGAGUUUCACGGGGCCUGCCCCAGAGCUGGGGGUCUCCCGGCCCCCAGGGGCCCUGCUUUGUGUGGCCGUCCUGGGCAGCCUCCUCCUACAGACUGCUCUGGUUGUAGCCAUCCAGCUCAGUGGCUACUUAAUCACCGUCUCCCAGCCCUGGUUUGUUCCUUUAAAUAAGACAAUGUCAGGGGCCCAGAACCUGCCCAACUACGAGAACACGGUCAUCUUCUGCCUCUCAGGUUUCCAGUACCUCACGAUGGCCGUGACCAUGUCUAAAGGGCCCCCUUUCCGCCGCCCACUCUACACAAACGUGUUUUUCCUCUUGGCCUUGUUUGUCCUUGCCACCAUCCUGAUCAUGCUCACCAUGGGCCAGCCGGAUUUCCUGCUGAAGUGGCUGACCCUGAAGGAUAUCAAGGAUACCCGGUUCAAGCUGCUGCUGCUUGGCUUGGCUGCCCUCAAUUUUGUGGCGGCUUUCAUGCUGGAGUGUAUCUUUGACCAGUGGAUCCCCAAGUGGCUCCGCUGCCUGUGCCCGAAGAAGGAAUCCAAAAAGUUCUUCAAGCGGCUUGAACAGGAGCUGGCCCAGCAGCGAACUCCCUGGCCGCCACUCCACCAGCCCAUCCUGGCCACCCCCAAGACAGCCUCUGUCCUGAGGUAGCCCUGGAUCCUGGGGACAUUCCUGGGGUGGAGGUAUGAGCCCCCCCCUCCCCGCCUCAUCUAUUUAUGCAUCUUGGUAGCAACACUGUACAUGGCCUGGGACUGCCAACAUGCUCCUCAAGCACCUGAGCCCAGAGAAGGACGCCUUCUCAAUUCCAUGCCCUUUAUCCUUGGCUGAGAUUUGGGGGGUAGGGCAUCUCAGCUCCACAGAAGCCACCCCCAAAGGCAUUGAAUUCCUUCCUCUUCCUUUGUAGUGAGGGGCUUCACUCCAUGCCCCCUCCCCAGACCAGUUUAGCUCCUUUAUCUCGCCUCAGAAAUAGUCUAAUUUUUUAUCCACGGACAUGGGUACACGGAGGGGUCAGAUGCAGCUGACACUCACAGCCCCUGUUGACAGACUGAAUAAAUUUUGCCUUAUUUU